AUGACUAAAAGCAAUGGAGAAGAGCCCAAGAUUGGGGGCAGGAUGGAAAGAUUCCAGCAAGGAGUCCGUAAACGCACACUCUUGGCCAAGAAGAAAGUGCAGAACAUCACGAAGGAGGAUGUUAAAAGUUACCUGUUUCGGAAUGCUUUUGUGCUGCUCACUGUCACCGCUGUCAUUGUGGGUACAAUCCUUGGAUUUACCCUCCGACCAUACAAAAUGAGCUACCGGGAAAUCAAAUACUUCUCCUUUCCCGGGGAACUUCUGAUGAGGAUGUUGCAGAUGCUGGUCUUACCACUGAUCAUCUCCAGUCUUGUCACAGGAAUGGCGGCCCUAGAUAGUAAGGCAUCAGGGAAGAUGGGAAUGCGAGCUGUGGUCUAUUACAUGACUACCACCAUCAUUGCCGUGGUGAUUGGCAUAAUUGUUGUCAUCAUCAUCCAUCCUGGAAAGGGCACAAAAGAAAACAUGCACAGAGAAGGCAAUAUUGUACGAGUGACAGCUGCAGAUGCCUUCCUGGACUUGAUCAGAAACAUGUUCCCUCCAAAUCUGGUGGAAGCCUGCUUUAAACAGUUUAAAACCAACUAUGAGAAGAGAAGCUUUAAAGUGCCCAUCCAGGCCAAUGAAACAUUCGUGGGUGCUGUGAUCAACAAUGUAUCAGAGGCCAUGGAGACUCUCACCCGAAUCACAGAGGAGCUGGUCCCCGUUGCAGGUUCCGUGAAUGGGAUCAAUGCCCUGGGACUAGUGGUCUUCUCCAUGUGCUUCGGUUUUGUGAUUGGAAACAUGAAGGAGCAGGGGCAAGCCCUGAAAGAGUUCUUUGAUUCCCUUAAUGAAGCCAUCAUGAGAUUGGUAGCAGUGAUAAUGUGGUACGCCCCUGUGGGCAUCCUCUUCCUGAUCGCGGGGAAGAUUGUCGAGAUGGAAGACAUGGGGGUGAUUGGGGGGCAGCUUGCCAUGUACACGGUGACGGUCAUUGUUGGCUUGCUCAUUCACGCCGUCAUUGUCCUGCCCCUUCUCUACUUCCUGGUAACGCGGAAGAACCCUUGGGUUUUUAUUGGAGGGUUGCUGCAAGCGCUGGUCACAGCUCUGGGGACCUCUUCCAGUUCUGCCACCCUACCCAUCACCUUCAAGUGCCUGGAAGAAAACAAUGGUGUGGACAAACGUGUCACCAGAUUCGUGCUUCCCGUAGGAGCCACUAUUAACAUGGAUGGAACCGCUCUCUAUGAGGCUUUGGCUGCCAUUUUCAUUGCUCAAGUUAAUAACUUUGAACUGAACUUUGGACAGAUUAUUACAAUCAGCAUCACAGCCACGGCUGCCAGUAUUGGGGCAGCUGGGAUUCCUCAGGCGGGCUUGGUCACCAUGGUCAUUGUGCUGACAUCUGUGGGCUUACCCACUGACGACAUCACACUCAUCAUUGCAGUGGACUGGUUCCUGGACCGCCUACGAACCACCACCAAUGUGCUGGGAGACUCUCUCGGCGCCGGGAUAGUUGAGCACUUGUCACGACAUGAACUGAAGAACCGAGAUGUUGAAAUGGGUAACUCAGUGAUUGAAGAGAAUGAAAUGAGGAAACCCUAUCAGCUGAUUGCCCAGGACAGUGAAACUGACAAGCCCAUCGACAGUGAAACCAAGAUGUAG